AUGAACCGACACUGCACACAGUCAGAUGACUGUGCAGCGCCGGCCAGAGAAGACAGGGUAGCGCAACUGCUGGAGAGACUGCUGGACCUGGAGUGGAGCCGCAGCGCAGGAGAGGAUUAUGACACGUUCUCUGUCUCAACAGAAUGGGAUUCUAGAAGAUCUGUGACAUUUCAGGAAGAAAGAGAUGGUAAUUGUUGCUUUAGAAGAAGAUGUUUCUGUAUCACUGGAGUCGUACUCCUCACCCUGGCAGCGAUCUCAGCAUCUAUCACAUUAGGAGUCAUCUAUGGAAUACCAGGAAAUCAAAGUUUUCUUACACGAGAGUGUAAAGCAUCCUCAGGCCAAUCUGGCUUCCUAUGUGAUGACAGAACCACAUGCAUUGUAGCCUCGGCACUAUGUGACGGGAAAGUGGACUGCGGACAUGGGGAGGAUGAAUCUACAAGAUACUGCGGGAAUGUACCAAACAGUCUUCCAGAAGGCUUGGUAUUCAAGUGUGCAAACAAGAGAUCGUGGACCUACAUUGAUAAACUUUGUGACAACAAGAACGACUGCGGAGACUGCUCCGAUGAAACAGCUCUUCGCUGCCCUCCGUGUCCAGGCUGGAGAUGUAACACGGUCUUCUUCACGGAUUGUGACUGCAUCCCAAAGACCCGCUGUAAUGAUAGCAUUCAGGACUGCAUAGACUGGAGCGAUGAAACCUCUUGUCUUUGAGACUUCACAAUACAGACUCGAUUCAAUGAUGGAAGCCUUAGAACAGUUUGCUCCCAUCAUAGCACAACUCAUACACUGCUCACCAAAACAUUUUCUACAGGGAGUGCGGCAUUUAUAAGAGUGCAAGCUGUCUCAAGUGUCCAGCUAUUAUUCAUCCAGUGUAAUAUGUGGGAAUGGUUCAGGACUUGUGGCCAUGAUGAAUGCGAUACAGUAUGAGAUCCUGCACAUACAGCCGCGACCCUCAAGGGCUGGUAUUAGAAAACCACUUCUGUUUCCUUCCAGGAAGA